AUGGCGGAAUCAUCUUACAUAUCUGGGGCCCUCAACGCAAGGAGGCUGCCAGUCGCUGCAGCAACAUGCAGCAGCAGCAGCAGCAGCAACAUCCUUAGCCAGGCCUUGCAGCAGAACGCCGCAGAUGCAGGCGAGGCUCGGGGGCCCCCUCUGUUCGCUGAUGGAGAGGGAGAAGGGGAUGGGGCCCCUGUUGAGGCUCAGGAAAGGGAGGAAGCCGAUGAGAACACCUUUAAAAUCCUUAUUGCUACAGACACCCACUUAGGCUAUAAAGGAGAGGACCCUAUUCGCGGCAACGACAGUUUCAGAACAUUCGAAGAAAUACUGCAAAUUGGAAGGAGAGAAAACGUCGACUUUAUGCUGCACGCGGGAGACCUCUUUGAUGAAAACAAACCAUCUAGAACGACCCUGUACAGGGCGAUGUGUUUGCUGCGGAAGUACUGCCUCGGGCCUGGGGCUGUUCUCUUCGACGUCCUCUCCACCUCUAACAUACAAACGCCACACAGAGACACUUCACAGACGCAUGCAUACAGCAGCAGCGCUGCAUCAGCAACAGCAGCAACCACAGUGGGCAGCCAUUCGGCUGCCUCUCAAGGCCUGCACAACGGACGCAUGCAACAGCAGCAGCAGCAGACCGCAGCAGCAGCAGCAGCAGCAACAGAAGACCCCGCAGCAACACAGAUGGAUCCGCGGGGGGCGUGCGAUACCUUUCGGUUUGGGUUGAACUACUUAAAUGAAAAUGUCAACGUCUGCAUGCCGGUAUUUGCUAUGCAUGGCAACCACGACGAUCCCGGAGAUGCCUCGCAUUUAUCUCCUUUAGACAUUUUGGAGGCUGCGCAUUUGAUAAAUUACUUCGGGAGAGUUGACGACAUUGAGGAUAUUCGAAUUCGCCCGAUUUUGUUUCGCAAGGGAACCUCAAAGGCGAGUCUUGCGGUGUAUGGCAUGGGUUGGGUUAGAGACGAACGGCUGCACAGGGCUUAUCUAAGCGGGAAGGUUACGUACGAAGUACCUGCAGACGAACCCGUGCAGAAUUGGUUUAAUGUCCUUCUCGUGCAUCAGAAUAUGUACAAAGGAGGGCACGGUGGUGUGCCAGCGAAGAACUGCGUGUUGGAGCGGAUGCUGCCUUCCUUCGUUGAUUUGACUGUCUGGGGUGCAUGCGUCUUUGGAGGCGACAGUUUCCGAGUGAAGCCUGUGCCUCUGACGACAGUUCGGCCUUUAUUAAUUGAAGAUGUUUGUCUUGCGGAUUUGCUGAAAGACUGCGCUUCAGCGCAGUGGAAGGGGGGGGGCCCCCUUCAAGAAGGAGGUAUAGGAGCAGCAACAGCAGACAAAGAGACGUGGGAAGUGCUGACCAAAGUAGUCGAAGACAUGCUGCUGCAGUACAACGCAAAAAGAAAUGCAAUUAUACAGCAGCAGCAGCAGCAACAGCAGCAACAGCAGCAGCAGCAGCAGCAGCAGCAGGAGGGUGUUGGUGGUAAAUGCGUGAAUAAGAAAAGACAGGCAUAUCAGCUGUUCUGCAACUACAAGUCUGGAGCAACACAAGACCUAGUUGUAUCGACAGCAAACUCCUCAAUCCCUGAAUUGCAAUUUGAAGCGGCUUCCGCCAAUGGACCGCCCGAUAUCCACGACAUCAUAUUUCACUACAUGGAAGACGCGAGAGGGCUGCAGGUGUUGUUAGAACCCGACUUCAACGACGCCGUGCAGCGCUUUGCAGUCAAGCUGGACCCUUCGGCGAUAUCUUCUUUUCUUAAGAAGAGUAUAAACACUGCCCGCCUGCAUGCACGACAGUUGCUGCGCGAACAAAUACAAAAAAGCCCCAACGAAAUGCCUUCGAAAGAAGAUGUUAGGGGGCUCAUAUGCGAUUUUACUCAGGCUGCGCGCAUGAAGCGACUGACAGAGGCGGAGGGAGAACAGAAAGCAGAAGAAGAUAGGGGCCCUUCUGCUGCUGCUGCUGCACUGGAUUCAGAGACAGCAGCAGCAGAAGCAGCAGCAGCAGCAGCAGAAGAGCGGACAGAAGAAGGGGUAGUGAUAGACGGAUUUGGUGCUGCAGCAAGAGGAACCCAACGGCAGCAGCAGCAGCAGCAGCAGCAGAGAGACAUUCGCUCUCUUCUCUCUCAGCUGCUAUACUAG